AAAUGAAAUGAAAUGGGAAACUUGUUAUGUAUGCCUCUUUUUGGAAACGGGGCUGAUGAAUUAUUAGCGCCAGAAAAAGAAUAUGGAAAAGAUUCCUGCUAGAAAAUGCUAAAUGCAUUCCUCAGUGAAAUCUUUCGGUGACUGGUUACAUCAGUGCCUCUUCCAUAAGCAAACCUAUUCUUAACACACCACUACUAAAACAAAGAGAAAUGGCAAAUAGCUGGAGGCUUGAUGACCUUGAUGGGGGAGUCCAACUUGCAACUGAUUUAUCAAAUCUUCAUGGGCUAGGGGCUGAAUUCUUAGAUGGCCAACAAGCAUAUAAUAUGUCGGAAGUUCUUAGUCUCCCACUUUUUAAGUCAGAUGAUGGCUUUGUUGAAACUGUCACUGAUAUUUCACAUCAUUUCAGCCAACCUAAGUUCCAGAGUGUCCAAGGCAAUAUUUCAAUAGCUGAAGUGAAAACUCAAGAUGUUCCCAGAAGCCCUUCUCCACCAAGAUUUGCACUGAUAUUGAAAGCACCAACAUCUCCUGGAAGGAAGAUAAAUGAAGAAACCCUAACCUAUCUUAAUCAGGCACAGUCAUAUGAGAUUUUGCUGCAGUGCAUCUCUGGGCUACCUGCUAGUGAACAGUUUCUACAAGGCGUCAUACGACUUGGAUUUCAUGAUAGAAAAUAUCAGGUUAUUGAAUCGGAGAAGUUUGAUGAAUGGAGCGCAAACCAUCCGAAUGAAAGGUUACUUGAAAUAGAUGUUCCAAUGUGCGGUGGGAUUCAUGAAAUUUCGAACAAUAGCCAGUACUCAAACUUCAUAGAUUUCAAAUGGGACAGAAAAUCUGAUACAAGGUUAUUUUUCAAGAUUAAUUGUGUUAGCUCAGAGUUUACAAAAGGAAAAAGUGGUGGCGAAAGUGGAAUACCCUUGAGGUUGCAAAUCGAUAUAUACAGUUCUAAUGAGCUUAGCUCAGAAGAGACCUCCCUGACUUCUGCUGGUUGUCAGAUCAAAGUUUUCAAGCCAAAAGGUGCUGAUCGAAAACUCAAAUCAGAGAAACAAAAGCACGAAAAUUUGCCGCAGGAAGAGUUGAUUUCGUUGCAGUCGUCAAAUGAAGUGACUGUUUUGAAAGAGCUCGAACCAUUAGAAUCUUCGCUGACAAGAGCGAGUCCACCCUCAGUAUCAUCUUCUGGUUUCCAAGGAGAUGCAAGCUGGCUCUCACCGUGUUCAUCGAUGUUCAGCCAGCUUCAGUUAACUGGGAAUAUUGCCUCAAGCACGCCUAUGCAACAGCAACAACAGCAACUUCAACAUCAACAACAAAAUAGUCAAGCCCCGAAAAUCAUAGCAGAAAGUCAAGCUGCAAUAGCCCAAGUUCAGAAACUCGUAUCAGAAUCGACUGUCGAAGAAACUCAAAACUGGUUGACCAUAAACAGAUUCAACAACUUUGUCGGAAUAUUUACGAAUUUCAAAGGCUCGGAUUUGCUCGUUCUAACUCGCAGUGACUUGAUUCAGCUUUGUGGCCCAGCUGAUGGCAUACGAUUACAUAAUGCUCUUCAAGCCAGAGCGAGUCGUCCUCUGUUGACAAUUUACGUUUCACCCGAAUGGCGGCAAAGUGAUACUGGAAUGAAAGAGUAUCAUGCUAUAUUCCUUGAGCACCUCACAGUUGAAGAGCUGAGGAAAAAACUCGUACUCAAAUGCGAUCUUGAGCCGUCGGAUACCUACCCGAUCUACAAGCAAGGACCAACUGGCAUUUUGAUCUUCGUCGAUGACGAGAUGGUCAGAAAUUUCAUGGAUGAAGCUCAUUUUUCAGUUCAGGUUCUAACAGAUUCCAGCGGCAAUCAGUUACGGUUGGUUCUGAGGUAGUUGGUAAUGUGCAGUUUUGUUGAUGAAGCGUAGCAGAUGAGAUAACCCCGUGAAUAUUUUGGUAUUUAUCAACACUGGCGAUACACGCUUUGAUCAAGUGCCUGCGACAUUCCAUCUGAAGCAUUUUCUAGCAUGGUUUUCGCCCAUAACAGUCGCAGGAAAACCAAACUACGAUCGCAAAGAGACUCGGUAUACUCCAAAUUUUAACCCAGUGCCAGGUUUGCGGACCAUUCUGCAGCUGUACACAAAAGAGGCGAACCUCUCUUGCAGUAUUCGUUCAAUUCUAAGGCGAAGAGAUUUGUAAAUUCUAAUUAUUUUUAUUUUAGCUUUAUUUUUUAUUCACUAUGUACAAAGAAUGAGUACAUAAAGUAGUGAUGGAGGACUCUGUAAGUAAGUAACCAACCCACGAAGUGACACGGUUUCUGUAACAGAAUGCUACGCGAAGAAUUCCCAUUUUCCUCUAAUUAGUGCCCCGCUUUCUAUUGCUCGUGGCUACGAAAUGAUGUUGACGUCAUCAGCAAGUCAAGUUAUUAUUAUUUUUGCUGUGCCAAAAGAGAAGUUGACACAGUUUCAAAGGAAGCUGCAGCACCAACAAUUCAGCAAUUGUGCACUCGUACAAUGGAUUUUGCAAGGGCCGAUUUCAGAUACCGAAAAAGUCUCACAUUUUUUUUAUCAGGUAUUAAUCAUUAAUACCGAAAUUUUCUGGUUCUCUUUUCCCUUUGUUUAUUACCGUGCGCUUUGAGGGCCUGACGGAAGCAAAUACCCAGGUGAACGCCGCUGUGGACUACCUUCUCCCAUGCACAAACAUACCCUUUGCCUGCAUUUAUGGUUUUGCAAUAUGCCCAUGACAUUGAACGUGAUCGUGCGCUUUCAUUGAACCCUCCUUUACCAGCACUUUCACUAUCUUACAGAUCAAAAUGCAUUGCAGUCUAUAUUUCUGAACAAGUUUUAACUUUAUGUCCACAGUGAAGCCUAAGAAACAGGAGAAUGAGAUUCCCAUAGGGAAUAUUCUCCAAUCGUCCAAACAUUUUAUAUAAAUAUUAAUGACUUGUUUAUCGUAAAAAUUUUCGAAUUCUUUAUAGAAUGCCGAAUGACCAUGUAGUAGAUUAGAGUAAUUUACAGUGAAAUCUCAUAAUGUCUUUGAACAAAAGAAAAACUUAUUUCCGCGGAUUAUUAUAACCAA